CUUGCUGUGGGCGUAAAUAAAAAUAAAAAUUAUGAGUGAAAAAUAAAGUAAUUUUAAUAAAGAAGUAAUGUCGUCUGAAAGUUUAUUUAAAGAUAUUACAGUGUUGCAUGCCAGACUGUUUGAUCACAGACCGAUAGUUCAAGGUCACACAAACUACUUUGUGAAAGAAUUUGAAGAAAGACGAGGAGACCGGGAGACCUUUAGAUUAAUGAAGACUUUGGAUGGCUUGAACACCGUCAGUCUGAUGUUACCAAAUUUGACAGCAGUUCUAGCAGACUGUCUGACAGACAUUGUGCAGAAAGUAUCAAGUUCUACAGAGAUCUGUACAAAGAUUUGUGACAGCGAGAUUGGAACACCAACAGAGCUUUUGGUAAAACACCGAGAGAAGCGCACAGAGGAUUGGGCCGAGUUCAUGGAGCAGCAGGUACAGAAGAGCGCCGAAGUGGAUCGAGAGUUCGAAGGUCAAGUGGCUGCAGCCAAAGAACACUACGCUAAACUGGAAGAGAAAAUACUCGCCUCAGUCUGAUGACGUCACUGAUCUGGGCCCAGUUUCACAAAACAUCGUGAACCUAUAGUCCGUCCCAUCCUCCUACAGAAAUUAUUUUUGUACAGGUCUUCUAGAAUUUUUAUAAAAUCCACUAGCCAUGGG